AGAAAUUAGAAAUCAAAUUAUGAACGGAACUUUAAGUGUUAACAAGUUUCGCAGUUUGUAUUAGUGUGAAGUUUUUUGGAAUAGUACACGUGUUGUAUUUUUGAUAUUUUUUAUCCUUCACGAUGGCGGAAAUAGAAAAAGAGAAAAAGAAAAGCAGAAAGAAAUCGUUGGGCGAAACGCAAAUGAAAAUAAAAUGCGAAAUGGAACCUUCGGGUGAAAUUCCAAAACUCGAUUGUAAAGAUUGGCCUCUAUUGUUUAAGAAUUUCGACAAAAUGUUAUGUCGCACUAAACACUUCACUCCGUUAAAUUGUGGAUCGACUCCACUUCAUCGCACUCUAUCGGAAUAUGUAAAGUCUGGAUGCAUAAAUUUAGACAAACCCUCUAAUCCAUCUUCUCACGAAGUUGUUGCUUGGAUAAAAAGAAUAUUGAAGGUCGAAAAAACCGGACACUCUGGUACAUUAGAUCCAAAAGUAUCAGGGUGUCUCAUUGUUUGCAUUGACAGAGCUACACGUCUCGCUAAAUCCCAACAAUCAGCAGGAAAAGAAUAUAUAGCCGUAUUUAAACUUCAUUCACCGGUUGAUAACGUACAAAAGAUCAAUCAAACUUUAGAGAGAUUAAAAGGUGCUCUCUUCCAAAGACCGCCACUAAUUUCCGCUGUAAAGCGUCAAUUACGUGUAAGAACGGUUUAUGACAAUUGGUUCCUUGACUAUGAUCCAGAACGAAAUAUGGGAAUAUUUAAAGUUAGUUGUGAGGCUGGUUCUUACGUGAGAACAAUUUGCGUUCAUUUGGGUUUAUUUUUGGGCACUGGAUGCCAAAUGCAAGAACUCAGAAGAAAUCGUUCAGGAAUUCAAAGUGAGGAAGAUGCACUGGUGACAAUGCACGAUAUUCUCGAUGCACAAUGGCUUUACGAAAAUCAUGGUGACGAAUCUUAUCUUCGAAGAGUUAUAAAACCACUUGAAGCUCUACUCGUUAAUCAUAAACGAAUUAUCGUCAAAGACAGUGCUGUAAAUGCUAUAUGUUAUGGAGCAAAAAUUAUGCUACCCGGAGUAUUAAUGUACGACCAAGGAAUAGAACUCAAUCAGGAAAUCGUAAUUGUUACAACUAAGGGAGAAGCAGUUGCAUUGGCUAUUGCCCUAAUGACGUCGCCAACAAUGUCGGCAUGUGAUCAUGGCGUGGUUGCGAAAAUAAAACGAGUCAUUAUGGAAAGAGACGCAUACCCAAGGAAAUGGGGCCUAGGACCAAAAGCGGCUCAAAAGAAAAAAAUGAUCUUGGAAGGAAAAUUGGAUAAACAUGGAAAGCCAAAUGAAAACACUCCUUCUAAUUGGCUCUCUGGUUACACGGAUUACAGUCAAGUUAAGGAAGCAGAACCUAAUGGCGUUGAACGUGUAGAAGAAGCAGCAACGGCGAAAAAGAGAAAAUGGGAUGAAACUGCCCCGAAAGUGGAAUCAGAAGUUGCAGUAAAGAGUGAGCCAGCUUCUGAUCCAGAAACAGCAUCACCUAAAGAGAAAAAGAAGGAGAAGAAGGAAAAAAAGAAGAAGAAGGAUAAGAAAAAGGAAAAAUCCGACGAGGACACCGAAGCCGACGUGACAAUAAAAACUGAAGAAGAAACAGAGGCAACGCCAGUGAAGGAAAAGAAGAAAAAGAAGAAGAAAAGCAAAGAUCAAGAACCAUCAUCUCCAUGAAAAUUCUUCUUUUUAUUAAUUACGAAGCAAUUUAUAGAUUUUGCAUCUAUUUUUAUUGAUUAUAUUGAAUGCAUACAUUGAGGAUCAAAACGUUUGAUAUUUGUACCAGAAAAGUUUUCCAUUGCUUUUUUCUACUAUAUAGAACAGUAUAUUUAGAAUGUGAAUAAAUGUUCUAAUCUUUUUUUUUUGUAAAUAUGGUCAAAUGCUUUUUUUAUAUUAUAUAUUUAGUACAAUAGUUGUUUUUCUAUUGUAUUCCAAGAAUCGAACGUGUAAGAUUGUCUACGAGUGAUUGAUGAUUUAGAUUUUUUUUUAAUAAAAUAAGAAUUUAUUUUCAAUAAAAAUUUAAAUAAAAAAAAA